AUUCUGGCUAAAGUUAGAGGACCCUUUAGAGUCAACAGGCAUCACGUCAUCGCCUCAAAAUACUACAGAGUCUGUUGAGGACGUGUGAAAACUACAUUUCCCACAAAGCCGCUUGCGCUGUGCCAUUGGCGGUGGCACAGGUGACCGUAGACGCUCUGAGUUAUGACAACAUCUCGACGGUGCAAACGAAAACAAAUUAGCCUCCGAAGUGCGAGGUAGUAGGGUAGUAGGGUUGUACACGCUGACACGGUUCGUGGAAGAAAAGAGAAACUUGAACGCACAGAGCUCUUUGCCUUUUUUUUUUUUUUUUUUGACACGCGACCCUUUUCCUGUUGUGCUCGGUUGCGGCGGGUUUGUAUCAUCAGAGCGCACGAGAGCGGUGGGCACGCACUUUUCCUGAACCUGAUUACUUCGUUCUGUCUGACCUUCAGCUCGGUAUCCUACACCUCUCGGGCUGGACUGUGGUGCAUUGACGUCGGCUCGCCCUCCCCUGCCCCCUCGCCCCCCAGCAAUGGCCUCGCGCAUUGGGCUGCGGAUGCAGCUGAUGCGCGACCAGUUGCAGCAAGAGGAGCAGCGUGAGAGGCAGCAGCUUCAGCUUCAACAGCAGCAGCAGAAUGCAGCCCUGCAGUACAUGCAGCAUCGUAUGGCCGGGCCACCUGCACCCACCCCAGCCAUCAGCACCCCUCAGCAUUUCCAAAGCAUGCAGGUUCCUGUGGAGAUUCUCAAGGUUCAAACCCACCUGGAGAAUCCUACAGACUACCACAUCCGUCAGUCUCGGAAGCAGCAGGUGAAAGAAUACCUGUCCACCACUUUUGCAACCAAGCAGACGGUCAAUGCAGUAGCAGGGCUGGUGCCCCCCACUUCUCCUGCAAACAUGGGACCCACAGGUGGAUCGGCAUCUGCCCCCCCGCCCCUCCAAUCUCCACACAUGCGUACAGAGCAGCUCAUGACUGGAAACAGUGCCCCCAACAGCCCCAUGGCCAUGCUCAACAUCGGCUCCAGCCACGAGAAGGAGAUGGAUGAGGUCAUUGAUGACAUUAUCAGCAUGCAGUCCAAUUACGAUGAUAUUCAAGCAUACAUCGACCCAAUCCAGAUGCCGAACACACUCCCCCUGUCUAGCAGUCACCUGGAUGUGUACACAGGUCCUGGGAUGAAGGGACCAGCCGUGGCCAUGACCAGUAACUCCUGUCCUGCCAAUCUGACCAUCAAACGAGAACUGUCAGAAGCCCGUGCUUUGGCUAAGGAGAGACAGAAGAAAGACAACCACAAUCUGAUUGAAAGGAGGAGAAGAUUCAACAUCAAUGAUCGAAUCAAAGAGCUGGGCACCAUGAUCCCCAAAACCAACGACCUUGAUGUGCGCUGGAACAAAGGCACCAUACUGCGGGCGUCUGUGGAGUACAUCAAACGCAUGCAGAAGGACGUACAGAGGACCAGAGAGGUAGAGAACAACUUCAAAAGGAUGGAGAUGGCUAACAAACAGAUGAUGCUACGCAUUCAGGAGUUGGAGAUGCAGGCUCGUCUGCAUGGCCUCCCCAGCAACUCUCCCUCCGGCCUGAACCCCAAUGACCCGAUGGCUAAUUAUAUAAAACAAGAGACCAGCCCUGAGGAGAACCUUUCCCACCCACAGGCCCACAUCCAGCCCCAGCACUUACCCCAGAACCAGGCCCAGCAGCAGCAGCACCACCAUUUCCUCCAACAGACCCACCUCCAUCACCAGGGUCAGACUCAGCCUCAGCCCCGGCAGCUGCCACCACUCCCCCAACACCUGCAGCCCCAGUUACCCAUCCAGUACCCAUCUGUGGGCAGCUCCCAGCCCUUUGACUUUGUCCAGUCGCUGGACUUGUGCGACGGGAUCCCUGGCUUCUCAGACGGGAUGUCAGGACUCGGCGACCUGGGUGGGCUGGACGUCCAGGGGAGGAGAAGCGAUAUGGGCUUCAUGAUGAUGGAUGAGCCCCUGUCCCCUAUGGGAGGAGACCCACUGCUCUCCGCGAUGUCCCCCGAGGAGUCAAUUGACUCCAGCCGCAGAUCCAGCUUCAGCAUAGAAGAUGGAGACAUACUGUAGACACACACAUUCACUCACACGGGCACGUGCAGGGGGGUUUGCAGAGGUUGUAGUCAAAAAAACAUAAAAACACAUUUACAGCAUAGUAAGGAAUCAGACACAUACGUGAAAUCAGACACACACAUGGAUGACACUCAUUUUUGGUGCAAUUAUCUCAAGAAAUAGAGGGUACACCGCACCCACACAGUUAGAUUUGUUCUUGUAGUACAAACCUUCACACACACACACACACACACACAAGCACACAACACACAAGUGCAUGUGAGAUAAACUUGACACGUUGCCCAACAGACUGAGCAUUUACAAGGGCUGAACUCACACUGCCAGGUCAGGAGUUAUAGCACACACUUGGCCUCUUUUCCAUAAAGGUGCCUCUGAAUCAUAAUUGAACAAGGGACAAAACCAGCAGUUAAUUAGAUUGAAGUUAUCAGAUACAAGGACAAACUGUGAGUGCAUUGUCUCACUGGAUAGAGGACAAGUUAUUUUCUCCUUACAUCAGCCUCUUUUAGCAACCAUAAAUGAUUGAACCAACGAUAGUGAAUAAAAUGGAAAUAGCUUCAUGGCCCUGCAUGCAUAAUUCAUCUUAAGGGGAUGCAGUCCAGUCACAUUUUUCUGUUGCUCAAUCUGUUAUUCCACAGUUUGCUUUUGCCUCCAGCGCUAGCUGUUUGACAAAGAUCUGUGUUUGCUGGCUAAGCUUAAGUGUUUUCUUUAAGUGUCCACAUUUAAGAAACACUUGGAUGGACAGUUAAUCCAGCUUUCAUUUAUUGCAUCCACCUUAAUCCUAGCUGUACUUCUUUUCUUCUCACAAACACACACUCGUGCACACACACACACACACUGCUUUCCCUAAAUCCUAUGUAUAUAACACUGGAUACCGGUAUGACCUUUACCCAAAGAAGACACUGUAAAAAAAAAGUGUGUUAACUCUGGCAAAAACCAAGGAUAGUUUUCAAAAUACUCAGGUAAUGUAACAUAAUACACAAGCAGGAUCAUUUUUAAGCAGAAGCAGAUGUUAACCUGAGCUGUGUCUGGCUCACAACCCCUAUCAAUGUGCCUUUUCAUUUUUGCAGCUGCUGCCCUUCAGAGGCAUGUUUUUACAGAUCAGCAGUCAUGACCAGGGUUUAGACUUAAAUACCAACUUCAGUUAUGCCUGUAAAUACUUCAGAGUUUGCCCCUAUACCUUGAAAAGUUUCAUUUUCCUGCUGCCCACUGGCUUAUUAGACCUUGGCUUUUAUUGAAGUUCCAGCGACAGUGUGUGAUCUUGGCCUCAGUUUUCAGCAGGUGAAGUGUUAUCUUCACCGUCAAAGCACACUCACUUCGCUCACUCUCACUCCGUUCACUAGCAGGCGUCGUUAAUUGCUCACCUUGUACACAAAUAGGCUUUAUAGUGCUCCCAUACCUACAGUUCAAUACAUACAGUGCAGCCCUGAGGCUAUUUUCAAAUCAGCUUGUCUCCAGCUCUGAUGGGUGGAGUGAAGCUGCCAGCUGCAGAGGCUGAUCUCAGGUCUGCUGUUCGCCUACAGUAAAGGGAACGUGUAAUCCCAUUGGUUGCAGUCGUCACAGUGAUGUAAGGGUCAGGCUGAGGUGGACCACAGUUCUAUCUUUGCUAACCCAGGGCUUGGCGUUGACUUGAUAUAGCUCCUGAUCAGUACCGAUAAAGGUAGAAAAGAAUAACUUUGAUUGUGAUUUUAUUUUCUUGAUUAAAAAAAGUGGUUGUUUUCUUUACUAUAUAGUUUGUUGUUUUAUUUUAUCUCCCAAAGCACUGGAAACUAUAUUAUUGUUUUGACUUUGUACAUGGAAGAAAUUGUGGAAUAAGAUUUAUUUCAGAUGUUAUAUGCCACUAAGCCACUUAAAUGUUUUAUUUGUACUUGUUGUUUUAGUUCUGUUUCAAUUUUUAUUUCACAAACACCCAUUUCUUCUCAGAGCCAUUUAUAGUAAGCACACUAUUAUAAAGCAAAUACAGCCGGCGAUGUUUGACGAGGGAAGGAGCAGGGAGACGUUUGUGAACUCCAGAAUAGAUCAUGUACAUUUUUGAUGCCAUUUUUAUAUGAUCGGGAUUUUAUUUUUCAUUUUUGUUUUUAACUUGGAGCCAGAUAUAGAUGAAAGUGAUUCUCUGAUUUGAUUGAAUCCAAAUUGCUCUCUAUAUAUGAAUGUAAGCUUUACCUGCGGUUUCGGUCCGACUGAAGCAGAAUCACACAACUUUUCCCUCUCUUGACUUUGGUUUCCACGGAGACUGAAUGAGGACUGACUUCACAAAACUCUGAGCCAAGGAGUUGUGGUUGCCAUGGCGUUGAAGCACUGACUCUGCGUCUGUUUCUGUGUUGUGCCUUUUUUUCUCCCCAUCAGCCACAGUUUGACUGUUGUUGUACUGUCACCCAGCCGACACUCCAAAGAGCCGCUCAGGCCUCCUCUACUCUUCCACUAGAGGGUGCUCUGCAGCGCAAACUACAAACUACACAGGGAAAAAGUGGUUCUGAUUUUACUGAGAAUAUAAAAUGUUUUACCAGAAUCCA